AUGGCUAGCAGCGCCGACCCGCAUGUUGCCGUUGCCGGGGCCGGGACGCCCCCGUCCGAUAGCCCGGUUGGGGCAAAGAAGGCUGGGGCGGCGGCCGCCGUCUGGAAGCUCCCCGCUGGCGCGACGGUGCCCGUCGCUGUGGCGGUUGAAAGCCCCAUCAUGGACGCGGACUCCUGGCCGGCGCUGCCCGGGCUGGUCUCUCCGCCGCCGCCGGCUGCGGGGCCAGCGGCCAAGGCGUCCCCUAAGGCCGCGUCUCCAGCUUUCACUGCGGCGGUGAUGUCGCCGCCCUCUUUGGGCAAUCCCGGCGCUCCGGAUGCUAACCCUGGAAAUGAGGCUCCGGUGCGCAAUCCUGUGGCCCGGCGUGCCCUGGUGAUGCCUGCGGCGGAUGGGCUGGAGAAGAGUGCCCCUGCACCGGAACCGUCCCCUGUUUAUGUGCCUAAUAAUGCCCGGAGCAACGGCGCAGAUCCUCAUCAGAAUGGACGUUUUGGCUCCCACCCCCAUGGCCGAGGUGGUGGCUAUGGUGGGGGAAACAGGAGGGGUAAUGGUGGAGGUGGUGGGCGACGUGGGAGUGAGCACCACGGGGGUUUUGAUGGACAACGGCGCGGAGGUGGCCGCAGAGAUGGGCAUGGACCAGUUCAUCAGCAGCGUGGCCAUCAGCCAACAUACAUUAGGGCUCCUCCUACUCUGGCUGUUGUAGCAGGAGCACCUCCGCCGCCGCCGCCAUUUGUUAGCCCCGCUACUCCUCAGACACCGCCUUAUGGGGCACCUAUGGGCUUCCCUGACAUAGCACCGCAUGUUUACUAUUUUGCGGCACCCACCUCGGAAGGCAUUCAAGGCCUGCCUUUUGUGCCUCAUCCAGCAAGCCCCCAAGCUGUUUUAAUUGACCCUUUCCAAAAGGGUCUUCUGGAGCAGAUAGAAUACUAUUUCAGUGAUGCCAAUUUGUGUAAGGACCUAUACUUGCGGCAACGCAUGGAUGACCAAGGCUGGGUGCCAUUAUCCCUGAUUGCUGGCUUUCCCCAAGUCCAGAAGAUUACUAAUAAUGUUCAGUUUAUCUUGGAAACAGUCAUGCUAUCUAACGUUGUGGAAGUGCAGGGUGAUAAACUACGAAGGCGUGGAGCAUGGGAGAAUUGGCUUCUUCCAAAACAAAAUUAUUCUGCUGGGAGUUCUUCUGGUUCGUUGUCCCCUGUGACAUCCAACAUUGAUUCUCUGGCAUAUCAGUUUCGUUCUGUUGGACUUGAGGGGGCAACAUACCAUGCCAACAUGCCAGGAAUGCAUGGUGAAGCUCUCCUGACAAGAUCAGCAACUUCAGUUAGUCUAGGUUAUCAUGCAUCAACCUUUGGUGGGCUACAGAGCAACGGGAGUGGACCUCUUUUUGGGCCGAAGUCUGCAAGAAAUUUUCUCAGGAGUGAUACCUUUUGA